AUGUACGAUACGGAGAAGCCCAGAUAUUGCAGCGAUGAUCUGUGGUAUUUGAAAGCUUUGAUGGUAUUUGCCAUCGGUGAGCUGCUACGAGGACGAGUGAGGGACGACGCUGAUUUGCCCGGCUCUCCCUACUUUCAUGAGACCAUCAGGAACUUGCCCAACUUCUUUGCGUUACGGGCUGCGGGAACACUGGCUGUAGAGAUCCUGGGGCUGAUUGCAUUUUACCUGCAAUGCUCCGAUUGCAAGGAGGAUGCCUACGUAUACGCUGGUAUGGCCCUCAGGCUCGCUAUCUCCAAUGGCAUGGCACGAGAAAGCAGCAACGCCGGUAUGAAAAGGAGACUGGCCGCGGCAACUGGUAAUACUUGGGGAAUCCACGAUGACGCCAUUAGUACAUCGCAACCGAGAGACUCUCCCGGUUUCCCUCCAGCCUCUACACUACUCGUCAAUGUUAACAUCGCAAAAGCCACUAGCCAGAUCACUCAAGGGAUAUACGGAAAGAAGAGUCGAUCUGAAAGCGAGUUUACAUCAGCCGUGCAAGAGGUGCUCUCCUUGCUUACACAAGCCAUCGAGAAGAUUCCUUCGGAGCAUACGGUAGAUUUUUCCAGGCCUUUGCAGCUCACGAGAACUAAUGCGACUCUCUAUUUGAUGUUUUACCAGGCCAGAAUGCUGGCGACACGGCCAGCAUUACUGUACACGGCAAAGUCAAAUCUGCAUAGAGAUGGACCCAUGCGAGAUUGCAAGCUGGAAAGUCUAUGCAACGAAUGCAUCGAAGCUGCGACAAGAACCCUCGAGAUCCUCCAAGCUUUGAAGAGACAAGGCCUGCUAACGAAAUUUGGCUUCUUUGACCUGGACGCGACAUUUUCGGCCGCCUUCGUUUUCGUGCUGGUUGAAGCCAUGGGGCCAGGGGAUCGGAGAGACUUGAACUUGGCUCGCAUUACUACAGCACUUGGACUACUUGAGUACCUCAGUGGCCAUGGGAAUAAAGCAGCGGGAAAGCGACAGGCCGAUAUCGAACAGAUGUGCCGACAUCUCAGGGUUUCUCUCAGUCAAUCUUCAAACGGACUAGCGACAUCCUCGGCAGACGGCCAAAGGACAAUUCCCGCCGCGGAGGGAAGCAUAAACGCAGAAGAAGUGUCCACAACUCCAAACGAAACCCUUGAACCGUUGACCUUUUACACCGACACCGACUUCAACCUAACUGGUGCCGUCGAGACAGACUGGGAAGAAUUCGAACGCAUGAUCUUCCGCCUCCAGAAUUAA